AUGGAACAGCAAUUAACUUUAGUGUUGUUGCCUAACGGCCCCAAAGUCGCCCGCUUUGUCGAAGAAACCCUAGACGACGCCUCCUCCUCCUCUGUUCCUUCCUCCUCCUCCUCCUCCUCCUCGCGAGCCUUUCGAACCUUUCUCAAAUUCUUCGUAUACUUCUCCCUCGUCGCCAUCGCUUACUAUUUCAUCAUCUCCAGCUUCACCGUCCCCUCCCCAGUCUUCAUCUCCCUUGAUUCUCCCACCCUAUCUCCUUCCGUUAACGUUUCAUCGUCAAAGUGUGAUCUAUUCACUGGGGACUGGAUACCUGAUCCAUCGGGUCCUCGCUACACCAACCACUCAUGUCCUCUCAUUCAAGAUUUUCAGAAUUGUAUGUUGAAUGGGCGCCCUGAUGUGAACUACCUCUUCUGGAGAUGGAAGCCUCGUGGCUGUGAUCUCCCUAGGUUCAACCCAUCUCAGUUUCUUGAGAGGGUGAGGAACAAAUGGUGGGCUUUCAUUGGUGAUUCCAUCGCUCGUAACCAUGUCCAGUCUCUCAUCUGCAUUCUCUCUCAGGUAGAAGAAGUGGUGGAGAUUUACCACGACAAGGAGUUCAGAUCCAAGAUUUGGAGAUUCCCUUCUCACAACUUCACGCUCUCUGUCAUCUGGUCUCCUUUCCUUGUCAAAUCCGAAACUUUUGAAAGCAGCUCUGACAUCCACCUUUACCUCGACCGUCUCGACCACAAAUGGACUCACCAAUACUCCAACUUCGACUACGUUGUCAUCUCCGGAGGCAAAUGGUUUCUCAAAGCAACGAUAUUCCAUGAAAACAACAUGAUCACGGGCUGCCAUUACUGCCACGGUAAAUACAAUCUAACCGAACUCGGGUACGAUUACUCUUACCGCAAAACCCUUAAGCUACUUCGGAGCUUCGUCCGUGACUCAACUCACAAACCCUUGGUUCUGUUCCGAACCACAACACCUGACCAUUUCGAAUUCGGAGAGUGGAACACUGGUGGGUAUUGCGACAGGACGAUGCCGUUUAAAGAAGACGAGGCAAAGUUGAAAACCGUUGAUGAUGUGAUGCGUGAGGUUGAGCUUGAUAUGUUUCAGAAAGGUCUUGGAGAAGGUUCCACCAACUUUAGACUGUUGGACACGACAGGGAUGUCUCUUCUCCGACCAGAUGGGCAUCCGGGACCGUACAGGCAUCCGCAUCCUUUUGUUGGAGUGAAGGAUAAGAGCACUAUUCAGAAUGAUUGUCUGCAUUGGUGCUUACCUGGUCCGAUUGAUUCAUGGAAUGAUGUAAUGGUGGAGACCAUACUUAACCGGUAAUAGAAGGGUUCAAAUGUCGAAAUUAUCCUUUACGUCACCGGUUUAUAGCUAUUCCAACUUGUUCGUGUAUAUGGUACUUGUAUAUUUUUCAAUUUUUGUAAUGGUCUUGGAAGAAUAAUGGAUGUGAUAUAUAAUGUGGCACUGUUAUAAAUGAAUGUUGUUUAUCUGCAGAAAG